AUGCCCGCCAACACCGCGACGACGGGCACGAACAGGCCUAAUACUAGACGUACCGUACCGCGAGUGACGGCGCAAGGGUCUAUUCAACUUGUCGAGGCUGCAGCACCGAGGGCGGGUCCUGUUACACGCGCGGCGUCGGCUACGAACACGACCACCGGCAAUCGUGCUGGCAAUGCUCCGACUACGCGCGCUGCUGCUCGUGCGGGUACGAGCGGAAUACCGGCCCCUCGAGCAGGAGUAGCUAGGACCGGGAGUCAGAACACCACUAGGGCGAAUACAACCGCUACUCGGUCGACAGCGACAACCACACGACCGACCACAAUCGCGAGACCCGGCGCGACGACGCGAGCCAUGGCUGCGGCAUCCACCACUUCUACUGCUGAUACCAGAACGAACGCACCAUCGACGCGCACGACGGCACGCCUGACGCAACCACCUCCGCCGCCGUCCGCAACCGCGCAGAUGAUGCGCACCCCAAGUGGUCCCCGUACACGGAGUACCGCUCUUCUUCGCAGCUCUUCACACAACUCGAACUAUGGGCUGGGACGUACGAGCUCGAACGCUAGCUUAAUGUUACUGCCACCGCCGCCAGCGUUUCCGGGGCUUCAAGCUCCACCGAUGUUCACUGGUUUACCGACGCCCCCUUCGUUCGCCAUGAUACCUGCUACGCCGACGCGGAGGCCUAGGGACUCGGAUGGGGUCGGUGCCACGCCUAUGUCCGUUGGCUCUGGAGACGACAGUGGCGCUUUCUUGCGCGUCGGAAGCCUUCCUGUUCCUCCGCUUCUUCAGACGGGCGGACAACAAGGACGUCAGAGCACAGGACGUCAGAGCACAGGCAACGUGUCUCUCGAGACUUCAUUCGGAGAUCCCGAGGCGACGCCGUCGUGGGCGCGCAACGUCGUGGAAGGAUCGCCUGUCCCCGCUACUCCUUCGAAUCCGAGAGAGAAACGGGCAGCACGCGUGGCGGCGCGCGCGGCUGCUGCCAGAGAGAGGGAGAGUACACCGCAGCCGAUGGAUGCAGCUGCAGUGCUGGCUGCGAUUGAAGCUGGUGAACCGGUCGUCAUGGCUGAGCCGACGGUGCAGGACGUCUCUGCGGGUCUGGAGUCGCUUAGUGUUGAAGAUCCUGUUGCUGGCUCUAGCGAAGAGAGUGGUGCGGAGAGUGCGGGUGCAUCUACUGUUGGUUCAGUCGCCCUGCGUCAAGGGAAGGCUAAGGCAAAGAAGAAGGCGAAGGGAAAGGGAAAGAAGAAGAGCAAGGUUAUGACCUUUACCUUGGGCCCUGUACCCGAAGAUACUACCACUCGGGAGGCUGCUGCACAGCCCGCGCAUGGCAUCAAGCGCGAGCGCGAUACAGAUGAACCGAAGCCUGCACCGAGGACGGUGCACACGAUUGAGGGUGUUUUGGCCGCUAGGGCGCGCAUCACUCCGGAAGAGAGUCGCGCAAACGCAGAAGAUAUACUCCGCAAGAUGAAGUACUUGCACGAGAGUGGUGCAUGGGCUCCGGAUCGCGCCCAUGCGCGUAAACGCGGGUAUACUUCAGUGCCUGCAUACGCUACGACGCCCAGCGGCAUCCCUUGGUCAAGUCAAUGCAUUCCGAGCACUGGUCUCAUCUGA